AUGUGGCAAGAAUACAAUGGCAUUAAUACAAGCAACUGUAAAACCCAAUGGUUUGAUCGUGAUGACCCAUCAGGAAUUGGGGAUUAUGAGGACCUCACAAACCUUCGAAAAGAAAAUCCCAAUAUAAUCUGCAGUAAUCCAACUGCCUGUGAAGUGGAAACAACGGAUGGAAUGCCAGCCUCAAGCACUGGAGACGUCAUUCCUGAGUGUGACACUUGCAAUGGAUUUGUUUGUGUGAAUGCAGAGCAGAAAAAUAAUACUUGCCAUAAUUACAGAAUACGAUUUUCCUGCCCACAAUCAUUUUGUGAGAAGAGAACUCAGUGGUUUGAUCGUGAUGACCCAUCAGGCGAAGGAGAUUUUGAAGUUCUCUCAUUUCUUCGGAAAGAGAAUCCCAAUCAAAUCUGCAGUAGUCCAAUUGCCUGUGAAGUACAGACAGUACUUGGGAAGCCAGCCUCAAGCACUGAUGACAACAUUCCUGAGUGCAGCAUUUCAACUGGAUUUAUUUGUCUGAAUAAUGAUCAAACAAGUGGAAUGUGUGAAGAUUACAAAAUACGAUUCAUCUGCCCUUAAUCUUUAACAAGCAAACUGUAAAUAGAAAAGGACAACAGGGCCAGAAGUGGGAGCUAAGCACAUCCAGUUUUGCAAUUGGUUAAGUUUCUUUCUAUUUAACAUUUGUUAAUUUGGAUUUGUGUUAAAACAUUAUGCAAUUGCUCAGGGGAAAACAUAUCAUUGAGGGUUAAAGUUACUGACCAAUCAAGCGGAUCUGUGGUUCCUGAAUAAUUGUAUAAAAGUUGAAAAUUCAGUAAAAUAUAUUCAACCAUCUUGUAAAAUGUUUGAUUAUUAGGGAACUGUACUCAGGGAACAAUGUAUUUAGUUAUUAAACAUUAUAAUUAUCAAAUUGGUUAAAUAAUGGA